AUGGGGGCGUUUAGAAACUACUGUAAAUGUAAUGGAAUCAGGCAUGAACGAUCUGUUUUGAAGACUCCUCAGCAUAAUGGCAUAACUGAGAGAAUGAGCAAAACAAUUGUUGAAAGAAUAAGAACAAUGUUAUCUCAUGCCAAGCUACCCAAAAGUUUUUGGGGUGAAGCGCUGAUGACUGCGGUUGAUCUAAUCAACCUUUCUCCUUCAGCACCUUUGAAUAGUGAUGUCCCGAACAAGUUCUGGUCGGGAAAAGACGUUUCCUACAAUCAUUUGAAAGUUUUUGGUUGUAGAGCUUUUGUUCAUAUUCUUAAAGACGAGAUAUCCAAGCUAGACGCAAAGUCGAAAGAAUGUAUCUUCAUGGGAUAUGGGAAUGAAUAA